AUGAUUAAAGAAAUGGUGCACGGAUUACGUGAGAUGUUGAUGCUUUUGGUCUUGGCAAUUUUCUCUAAGGCAACUGGGGUUAAGGCUUAUUCGCGAGGCGGCACGAUACCAGAAGGUGCUUCCUAUUGCCUGAGCUGGAGGUUGGCUGUGGAGGCUAACAAUGUGCGUGCCUGGCGCACGGUCCCUCCUCAAUGCUUGCGGUACGUUGAAGCUUACAUGCUUGGAGGACAGUAUGACAAGGACAUUGACUUGGUUGUUGACCAAAUUUUGAGAUACAUGAAUGAGACAGUUCCCUCCAGUGAUGGCAUGGAUGCAUGGAUCCUAGAUGUUGACGACACCUGCAUCUCUAAUGUCUUUUACUACAGGGGAAAGAGAUAUGGGUGUGAUCCAUACGAUCCAGCUGGUUUCAGGGCAUGGGCAUUAAAGGGAGGAUGUCAAGCAAUUCCUGCUGUUCUUGGAUUGUUUAACUACCUAGUUCAAAAUGGUUAUAAGGUAUUCCUUGUCACCGGCAGGGACCAAGAAACCCUUGGCCAAGCCACUAUUGAUAAUCUGCAUAAUCAGGGCUUCAUCGGCUACGAGAGACUAAUCUUGAGGACAGCAGAAUUCAAAGGACAAGGCGCGGUGGCAUUCAAGUCAGAAAUAAGAAAGCGAUUAGAAAAGGAAGGUUACAGAAUAUGGGGGAAUGUCGGUGACCAAUGGAGUGAUCUACAGGGGGAAUGUUUGGGGAACCGAACUUUUAAGCUACCAAAUCCAAUGUAUUUUGUUCCCUGA